AUGGAAGCCGCUAACAAGCACAUCGACUUUGAUCGACAUACGGAAGUCAUGUUCCCCCACCCGUCCUCAAGAGGUAGUCCAAGCGUGAAACAACUUAACAAUUUCUGCACAACUGUUUCCGCUCUUUUGGCACCUGGUGCCAGUGAAGAUUCAGGAAGAAGAAAUACGGAGCUUUUCAAGGGAAAACGCCGUGAUCAACUUGGAGCGAUCGAAUCCAUCGUGAAUAUUGAAGAAUCAAAGCGAAGGCGCUACGUCGAAGAGGUUGUGAAAAAUGUAAAGGAUAUUCUCAAAGAAAAUCGAGAGACAUUGGAAAGGAUUGGGCAUGCGGCAUCUGAACCAUAUCCUCACGACAGUGAAACGUUAACAAAUGCCAUAUCAAAGGUGCUUGAAAACAUCGCAUUUUUCUCGGAUCUCUCUUUGAGGUUCCCAUUCCUUGAAAAGGUGAUGCAGAAAGAUCGCAAGUUGCGGACAGACGUUGUUUGGGCAUAUAACUACGCUAAAGAAACAGGUCUAUGUGACGCUGACACCUACAAGAUCCUUGAAAUGAUGGCACAACAGCAAGGCAUCAUUCCAAAGUCUGAAAAGUGGAUGACAGAACUUUCGCUUAAAGAAUUGAGGGAUCUCGCCGAUGAUAACGAGAUCGACUUGUCGGCGCGAGGCCUCACCGCUGUGCCCAAAUCGUUGCCACAGGUUCCACGAUUGACCCAUGUCGAUCUAGGGUCCAACAAAAUUACGGUUCUGCCGUCUUCGUUGUGCACAAUGACACGCCUCGUGAGACUUGAGUUAGGCAGCAAUCUGUUGGAUCACCUUCCCGAUAACAUUGGAGCCCUUGUACAUUUAGAACAUCUCGAUCUUUACAAUAAUCAAAUUGAGGGAAAACGCCGUGAUCAACUUGGAGCGAUCGAAUCCAUCGUGAAUAUUGAAGAAUCAAAGCGAAGGCGCUACGUCGAAGAGGUUGUGAAAAAUGUAAAGGAUAUUCUCAAAGAAAAUCGAGAGACAUUGGAAAGGAUUGGGCAUGCGGCAUCUGAACCAUAUCCUCACGACAGUGAAACGUUAACAAAUGCCAUAUCAAAGGUGCUUGAAAACAUCGCAUUUUUCUCGGAUCUCUCUUUGAGGUUCCCAUUCCUUGAAAAGGUGAUGCAGAAAGAUCGCAAGUUGCGGACAGACGUUGUUUGGGCAUAUAACUACGCUAAAGAAACAGGUCUAUGUGACGCUGACACCUACAAGAUCCUUGAAAUGAUGGCACAACAGCAAGGCAUCAUUCCAAAGUCUGAAAAGUGGAUGACAGAACUUUCGCUUAAAGAAUUGAGGGAUCUCGCCGAUGAUAACGAGAUCGACUUGUCGCGAGUCCUCACCCUGUGCCAAAUCGUUGCCAAAGUUCCACGAUUGACCCAUGUCGAUCUAGGGUCCAACAAAAUUACGGUUCUGCCGUCUUCACUUGUGCACAAUGACACGCCUCGUGAGGUACCACUUGAGUUAGGCAGCAAUCUGUUGGAUCACCUUCCCGAUAACAUUGGAGCCCUUGUACAUUUAGAACAUCUCGAUCUUUACAAUAAUCAAAUUGAGGAGCUGCCACUAUCGUUCUCUAAUCUGAACGCAUUGCGAUGGUUGGAUUUGAAGAGAAAUCCUUUGAACCCUGAGCUACUCAAGGUAGCAUAUGCAUCGCAGCACUCCGCUUGGUACAGUAUGACUGGUACUGUAGUCAUACAUCAAGCGUUUCAGGUCACAGGUAACUGUGGAAGUGAAAAAGAGUGCCGACAAGCUGCUCUGAAUGUGGUUUCGUACAUGAAAGAGUUACAAAAAGUUCAUAAUAUCCAGAUGUUGACGCAGCAAAAAGUGCACGAGAAGAUACAGGAAGUGAAAGAGGCAAAAGAACCGACGCAUAAGAACAAAAAGAAACAUCACAAUAAGAAAGAAGAUGCAGCACAUCAGGCAGCAAAGAAUAACGGUAGCAUCACAACAGAGCUGCCACUAUCGUUCUCUAAUCUGAACGCAUUGCGAUGGUUGGAUUUGAAGAGAAAUCCUUUGAACCCUGAGCUACUCAAGGUCACAGGUAACUGUGGAAGUGAAAAAGAGUGCCGACAAGCUGCUCUGAAUGUGGUUUCGUACAUGAAAGAGUUACAAAAAGUUCAUAAUAUCCAGAACAAAAAGAAACAUCACAAUAAGAAAGAAGAUGCAGCACAUCAGGCAGCAAAGAAUAACGGACCCGUAAACGUGAAUAACAAAGCGAAAUUCUCUCAAGUCAGAGAACCAAAGAAAGAGAAGGAGUCACCGAAACCAGUGAGGACGAAUCGUGGAUUCUUUUCCUCAAUGAUUCGCUUCUUGAUCAAGAUCAGUUUUAUGAGUGUUGUGCUCGCUGGUCUAGCUGCCACGGUGGGAAUUCUCUUGAAUUGUGCCGAUGGCGGAAAAAGCAUCCCUGGAAGCAAGCCGCUUUGCGCAGAUUUGACGAAUCUGGCCGAGUUCAAGAGCCCAUCUCCUCAAUUCCUUGCAAAUGUUCAAAAAACUUAUGGAACUGUGUUCAAUGGCUACUAUGCACGUGUACAGCCUACGGUAUUGGCUGCAAAGAAGAAAUGGAAUGAUUUCCAUCGCGAGUUCGUCAAGUCUGAUAUUGGCCUCGUUAUUGACAGGUAUUAUCACAAAAUCCACGCGUUUGUCGUUGACACUUCAUUGAAAUUUGUGCGAUUCCUGCAAACCCAGCGAGUAGCACUCGAGCAGUGGUGGGAAAGUGAUGGACGUGAUCGAAUAGGUGGUAUCGUGGAUACGAUUCAAGUUACAGUCGGCGUGAUGACAGAGAUUAUCAAGGAUAUGCUGCAAUUAACUUUUGAAGCAUUGCAAGCGUUUUAUCAUCGAGUCGAGGUAUUCGUUAGCAACUGGUCGAAUCGUGGCUUAGCCAAAGCAAUAGAGGCAGGUUUCUAG